AAUGUCGAAACUAAAAACUUCAGGGUGGUUUAAUGUUCAGGAGUUUCUUCGUAAACGUAAACAAGGAUUGAUUCUAGUGGUUUUACUUUACUGACCAGACCAAGAAGUAGUUUUUAAGGGUGUCCAGGAUGAGUUCACGAAGAAGACGCCACGACAGCUCAAGUUCAGAGAGUGUGGAUAGUGCUGAAGAGGAACGAAGAAAGGAUAUCAAGGAACGCGAUGAAUUUGCUGAUAGACUGAAGAAGAAAGAUGAGGAUAAGACACGUCGUGUGCUGGAGACAUCCUCGAAGCGUGCCUACGAGGAAGCAGCCAAGCGGCUGAAGAUGGAAGUGGAGGAUCGGGAUAAAAUGCUGCCACAGCUGCGUGUGGCAUCCCGGCGGAAGUACUUGGAGAAGCGAAAAGAGGACAAAGUGGCUGAGCUAGAGGCGGACAUCAUUGAUGAUGAGUACCUCUUUGAAGACAGCGUCCUGACGCAGCGUGAGAAACAUGAGCGGGCGUACAAGAAGGAAAUCCUGCAGAUUGCAAAAGAGCACGAGAAAGCGCGUGAGCUGGAACGUAUCCAGCGCUACCACAUGCCACAGGAUGUGAAGAAGGGGGAUAAGAGUGAGUACGUGGAGGUGGAUGAGCGUGAGAAGAUGCCCAAUUCGGAGCAGAAGAAGUGGGAAGCUGAACAAUUGGCGUCGGCUGUCUUCAAAUUUGGUUCCAAGGAUGCGAGUUCAUCGCGGCAGGAGGAGUAUGAUCUGCUGCUGGAUGAUCAGAUUGAGUUCAUCCAAGCACUGACGCUCGAGGGAACCAAAGGGAAGGACAAGGAGAAACGAGCAGAGCUCACUGAGGCACAGCGACGGAAGAUGGACAUUGAGGAGACGAAGAAAUCCCUUCCUGUCUAUCCCUUUCGGGAAGAUCUCAUUGCUGCCAUUGGAGCACAUCAGGUUCUAAUUAUUGAGGGUGAAACGGGCUCGGGGAAGACCACACAGAUCCCACAGUACCUCCACGAGGCGGGCUACACGAAGGAUGGGCAGAAGAUUGGCUGUACCCAGCCACGGCGUGUAGCUGCCAUGAGUGUGGCAGCUCGUGUGGCGCAGGAGAUGAACGUGAAGCUGGGCAAUGAAGUGGGCUACAGCAUUCGCUUCGAGGAUUGCACAUCCGAAAGAACUGUGAUCAAGUACAUGACAGAUGGGACGCUGCACCGGGAAUUCCUUUCAGAACCCGAUCUUGCCUCCUACAGUGUCAUGAUCAUUGACGAAGCUCACGAACGCACACUCCACACGGACAUCCUUUUCGGUCUUGUGAAGGACAUUUCACGCUUCCGCCCAGAGCUGAAGCUCCUCAUUUCGAGUGCCACACUCGAUGCUGAGAAGUUUUCCGCCUUCUUCGACGAUGCUCCCAUCUUCCGGAUUCCCGGACGACGCUUUCCGGUGGAUAUUUACUACACAAAAGCCCCCGAAGCGGAUUACAUCGAUGCCUGUGUCGUUUCAGUCCUCCAAAUUCACGCCACGCAGCCUCUGGGAGACAUUCUCGUCUUCCUGACGGGACAAGAGGAGAUUGAGACGUGCAAUGAGAUGCUCACGGAUCGUGUAAAGCGUCUCGGGUCGAAGCUAAAGGAACUCAUCAUCCUCCCUGUUUAUGCAAAUCUCCCGAGCGAUAUGCAAGCCAAAAUCUUCGAACCAACACCUCCCAAUGCCCGGAAAGUCGUUCUGGCCACAAAUAUUGCUGAAACUUCCCUCACAAUUGAUAACAUCAUCUAUGUCAUUGAUCCUGGAUUUGCUAAGCAGAAUAAUUUCAACUCCCGGACAGGAAUGGAAACAUUGAUGGUGGUACCAAUCUCAAAAGCUUCUGCAAAUCAGAGAGCAGGAAGAGCUGGGAGAACAGCUCCGGGAAAAUGCUUCCGAUUGUACACAGCGUGGGCGUAUAAGCAUGAAUUGGAAGACAAUACAGUUCCGGAGAUUCAGCGAAUUAAUCUGGGCAAUGCCGUGCUAACGCUCAAAGCUCUGGGAAUAAAUGAUCUGCUGCACUUUGACUUCCUGGAUCCACCGCCCCAUGAGACUCUGGUGCUGGCACUGGAGCAACUUUACGCCCUGGGGGCGCUGAACCAUCACGGAGAGCUGACAAAGCUGGGGAGAAGAAUGGCAGAAUUUCCCGUGGAUCCCAUGAUGGCGAAGAUGCUGCUGGCCAGUGAGAAGUACAAGUGCUCCGAGGAGGUGGUCACCAUUGCUGCCAUGCUUUCGGUCAACAGUGCAAUCUUCUACAGGCCCAAGGAUAAGAUAAUUCACGCCGAUACCGCCAGAAAGAACUUCAAUCAUCUCCAUGGGGAUCACCUGAGUCUCCUCCAGGUGUACAAUCAAUGGGCAGACACGGACUUCAGUACGCAAUGGUGCUAUGAGAAUUUCAUUCAGUAUCGCUCAAUGAAGCGUGCACGGGAUGUACGAGAGCAGCUGGCGGGGCUGAUGCAGCGCGUGGAGAUUGAAAUGGUUUCCGGACUUCCGGAAACAAUUAACAUCCGCAAAGCCAUCACAGCGGGCUACUUCUAUCACAUUGCCCGCCUGUCGAAGGGUGGGAACUACAAGACAAUCAAACACAACCAAACUGUUAUGAUUCAUCCGAAUUCAGCUCUUUUCGAGGAUCUUCCACGGUGGGUGCUGUACCAUGAGCUUGUCUUCACGACAAAGGAGUACAUGCGCCAGGUAACGGAGAUUGAGAGCAAGUGGCUCCUUGAGGUGGCUCCACACUAUUACAAACCCAAAGAACUCGAGGAUUCGACGAAUAAAAAAAUGCCCAAAACAAUCGGGAGGGCCACCAUUACAGCCUGAGCCGGAUGUGGGAGGGGAAUUUAAUAAAACAAAGGGACGCUUGACCAGCCAUGGAGUGAUUUCGCGAGUAAAAUGGCAUCAAGCUGCUAUAUGUUUAUGAGACAUUAAGAAAUUGCCUUCGAAAUGUAAGUGAAGGUUCAUGAUUUCGUGACCGAAAUUUUUGUUUAAUACUAGAUAAUUACUCUUAUAGUAUUUUUACAUCAAUUCUCAUCAAUCAAUAAUGGACAGGUCUGUAUAAUAAUGUUGAAACUCUCCCUCGCACCGCAUAUGUAUAUAUUUUCGGACCCGCAAUUAGCAAUUUUAGUUGUCAGGAAGAAAGAAAGGAAAAAAAACUCAUGCCACCCAUUAAUUCCACACAAAAAGCCGCAUAAUAUUUAAAUUGGGAAAUUAUAAGUUUUGUUAAAUGGAUUUUUGCUCACUCAUUAUGUGCCCUCGGUUAGGACUCUCUUAAUGUACCUAUAUAGCUUUCUCUCACCUCUCGCAUAAUCACCCAAUCGCCUUAGAGCUUUGGCAUUAACAUCGCAUUGGAUAAGAUAAUUCAAUUAGGAAUUGAAUUAAUUACCUCACUUUCAGCACAUUAAAUUCAUUUUUUCUUAAAAGACACAAAUAAUGAGCUUUUUCUGCUAUGUAUUUAUGUCAAUUGGUGACAAAGAUAAGUUGAAGAACUCGUUCUCCAUUUUAUUUGAUCAGACUUUUAUUUCACCUCUUAAAAUAACAUGCAACACUUUCCAAUAAAUACACACAGCC